AUGUCGCGGCAACACAACCUCCUACCUCUCAACUGGCGACGUCCUGGUAAGAAAGAAGUCGCGGUGGCGGGAACUUAUGUCGCCGAAGAAGUAUCACAGCUCUACAGUAGCUCCGGAGGUGCAUCCAAACUCGACAUUGAAAAUGUCCAAUUUGUCCCAGAGUAUCAUCCUUACUUGCAUUUGGAGCACGCCCUGAAGGAAUACAUUGCAGCAACCCUACGUAUCCCGCUGACUGCCGUGACAUUCGAGGGUGACGGCCUUUGCGACAAGAUCGGGAAAUUGGAAAAAGACUACAGCAAUACCAAGAAGGGGCUCUGGCAUCAGUUGUGGUACGGCAUGGGCAAUGCGAGAGAUACUGCCGAGGCAUGGUUGGGUGUGAUACCCGACGCGUACGGCCUGGCAGUAGUCAAGACCGGAGUCGCUGUCGUGUUCAAGCUUGCCGAGGAUUCGAAGGAGAAACGGGAAAAGGUCUUCAAGACCUUUUCUGCCCUUCAAUCAACACUGCUGGAACUGCGCGCAGACCAUGCCCGGUUCCGAGACGACCCCAAGGUGCAGGAUUGUGCUGAAACUACAUACAAAGCAGUCGUGAAAGCGGUUGAAGACAUGGUUUUGGUGCUCGAAGACAUCGGCACGUCCAGCUGGACUGCUGCAGUGGCCAAAUUCAAGGCUAAGUUGCAACACCAUGGGGACAAACCGAAAGAGGACCGCCCAACACUGGACGGCAUCUUGGACGCCCUUGAGAAAAAAUUUGCGAGCUAUCAGCGCGCGAUCGGGCUGGCGCGCGACCGCUCACUCCAGCGCACAGAAGGGUUGAGCCGCCUCAAUGCGAUGGGCACAGCUCUUGCUUACCAAAACACCAACUAUCUGGUAAAGAGAACAGAUGAGGAAGCCGCCUAUCGCAGAAAGCAGCGCCAGGAAGACCAGGAAUCGCAUGCGAAGAUCAUCAAAGCCGUCCGAGGAACCGAGAGGAAUGUACAAGCGCUGCGGGUCGGAACAGCGAACGGACUUGAAGGAAUAGUGGCCCUGCAACAACAACAGCAACAGCAGCUUCUUGAACUUAACACAAAGAUGACGAGAUUCAUUAUACUCGUACAACACGAAAAAGCAACCAAUCUCGAGAUGGCCUUGAAACAGCAUUCAAAACACACCGCCGUCGUCAGCUUCCCCACCCUGUGCUGGAUCCUGGCCCAGCCGUUGUGGGCGUACAACCCUCACAAGCCGUUCGAUCUCGAACACAGCAUCCAACACCCCGGCAUUGACCUGCGUGCCGCCGUGACCGAACAGGCCGCGAUCUCCCAGGAAAUGCAAGGGCAAGCCCAGUCGCUCCUCGACCACAAACAGUUUUGCGACUGGAUGGCCCGCUCACACCCGUGUCUCAUCAUGGUCGACGCUGACAUGGAAGAGGCAACGCUCGAUGCCCUGUCCGCCAUCUCAGUCCUCAGCGGUACGUUGGCGACAAGCCUGAUGCAGGUGUAUCAGGGUGCCGCCGUCGUAGUCCACUUCUUCUGCGGACUGCACGCUGUGCCCGGUGACCCCUUCUACGGCCCCAUCGGCCUGGUGCGCUCGCUCAUCCUGCAACUGCUCACGAAACUCGACGCCCGGGACCCAGACAUGCGGACCUGGAGCCUUGACUUCAUCGACGACCGCGACUUCCUCGAAAGCCUCGAGCAGCAUUCCUUGCCGCAUUUGUGCGAAGCGCUGCACCGCCUCCUGUACGAGUUCCCGCCGGACACGUACGUCUAUUGCAUCGUCGACUCGGUCUCGUGCUUCGACGUCAGCCGGUUACUCAGGGAUCUCGGCGCUGUCAUGGAGUUGUUCCGGCGAAUUGUCAACGACAGGAAGCUGGCGCCCAUUUUCAAGGUUCUGCUCACCAACCCUGGGGAGAGCACACGAGAGAUCAGGAACAUGCCGCUCUUCAGGGAGGACCCUUCGCGGCUGAUCACUCUGAGCCGCCAUGAUGUCUUACCGGAGGAGAUCUCGGAAGGGGUGGUGAAUGACCACCUGCUCACAGCCCCUCCGCUUAUGCGGGGGAGGACGCCGUCUCCGUUUAGAUAUUCCCGCGCUCCGUCACCGGCGUUGUCCGCGAGGCAAGAGGCUGUUCCUGUCGUAAUGGGGGUCUCUCCUGACUUUGAAGGGUAUGGGGACGAUGAAGAGUACUGGUUGGAUAUGAGCGAUAAUUAA